AUGCGAGCUGGUGAGUCUAUGGAACAAGGUUUGAGAGACUGCUGUAGAUCGGUGAGAAUUGGAAAGAUUUUGAUCCAAAGAGACGAAGAAACUACUAAACCAAAGCUGUUCUACGAUAAGCUUCCAGAAGAUAUCUCUGAGAGAUAUGUAUUCUUAUUAGAUCCCAUGCUGGCAACAGGUGGGUCUGCUAUGAUGGCAGUCGACGUUCUCCUGUCUCGAGGAGUAGUCCAAGAGCGCAUUGUGUUUUUGAAUCUUAUAGCUUCUCCUGAGGGAAUUAAGAACUUCACUGCCAAGUUCCCCAAGGUUAGAAUCGUAACAGGUGUUGUUGAUGAUGGAUUGGACGCCAACAGCUACAUCACUCCCGGUCUAGGUGAUUUUGGCGACCGUUACUACUGCAUUUAA